AUGGAUUAUUGUACAACAUUUAAACUAACCAAAUCCCAUUAUCAUCAUCAUCAUCAUUAUUAUUAUGAUUAUUUACCAAGAACAUAUUUAUCAUCAUUACCAUUACAAAAACGUUAUGAAUUAUUUGAACCAUUAGAUACUAAUUUAGUUAGAGCCAUGUUUAUUGGUCAUACAGAUCAUAUACCUAAUCAUCAAUACAAUAUGAAAACUAAUAAUAUCGAUGAUGAUAAUAAUAAUAUAGAUGAUAAUAUUUAUAAUCCAAGAAAUGAUCGGAAUAAUAAUAAUGAUCAUACUAAUACUAAUAAUAAUAAUAAGAAUGUAGAUGAAGAAUAUUAUACAAAUUCAAAAAAUCAUCUUGGAAGUCUCAUGAGAUAUGGAUGAAUGAAUGUAAAUGAAGAAGAAUGUAGAAGGAACAACAACAACAACAUAUAUAACUAUAUAUACGAAGAGUAAUUAGGCAUUCAACAAUGACACUUAUAAACAGAAUGAAACAAUUCAUUAUAAUCAAUUCAUUAUAAAGCUUAUUUAAUGUGACUAUGUAUAAUCUUAUUUUGAUUUAUAUACGUAUAUAUUUAU